AUGUCGAAAGGAUACCAUAACUUUUUCACUUUUUUAAUAUUUUUGGCAACACUUCAUAGUAUAUGUGGAAUCAUAGUUAAAAAUGGCAACAUUACCUUGCAACUCGAGCCAAAAUCAACUGGGAUCAAUUUUGCAGCUUACGAUGGCAAAAUAAAGAAGUUGGAAGGCACCUUAGGUCACGGAAUUAACUUUACCAAUGUAGACUGUAUUGGUAAACCAGAUUGUGUAAUUAAUGACUUCAAUAUUAGUGUUGAACCUAUUUCAUCUGGAUUUAGGCUGAAGUGGAAAACGUUUAACACGCGAAGAGCUUUCCAAGACUGUUACGACCUUACUGAAGGCGUUCAAUGGUAUGGAGGACCAACAAUAUUCUCUUUAAUUUGGCCAAUACAAACUAAUAAAAUUGAUGGAUCUUCUCCAUACGUUCUUAACAACCGUGAAGGCAUCCCAUAUGCCGAAAGGUACUGGUUAAAUUCUAAAGGCUCAUAUAUUUUCUUAAACGACGAUGUCCCACUUUAUGUUGAUCAAAAUAAUAUAAGAAAUAACAGCAUUUGCUUCAAAUCAUAUAUCCGUAAUCCGUUCCAUGCGUACUUUAAUAGAACAAGGAAUGUACUGCAGUAUUACAUUGUUUUUAAAGACGAUGUAAAACAAGCUCAUCUCCAUGCCGUAAAUAAAUUUCUAGGAAAACCAAAAGACCAUCCCAAUGAAGCUAUGGUAGCUGAACCCAUUUGGACAACUUGGGCAAAAUAUAAAACAAAGAUAAACGAUUCUGUGGUACUAAAGUUCGCCAAAGAAAUACGGAACCAUGGAUAUGAAAAAGGACAGAUAGAGAUUGAUGACAAUUGGGAGAGAUGUUAUGGUGCAGAGCAGUUUUCACAGAAUACAUUUUCAAACAUCAAGAAUACGGUUAAGACACUAAAAAGUAUUGAUUUUCGUGUAACCCUCUGGAUUCAUCCAUUUGUAAAUGCUAAUUGCAGCAACAAUUCUGAGAUAGGUUUAGACAAUGGAUAUUUCGUGAGUGACAAAUACGGACGUCAUACAGGAUGGUGGUGGAAUAGCGACGAUGCGUAUGUCAUAGAUUUUACAAACCCGGAAGCAACUAAAUGGUGGCUAGAAAGAGUUAAAAAACUUCAAACAGAUAUCGGCUUCGACAGUUUUAAAUUUGAUGCUGGAGAGACUGACUUCAGUCCUCAGCCUGCUGUGUAUAAAACUGUGGAUCAGGAACUAAUUCCAAACAUCUUUUCUGGAAAGUAUCUACGAAUUUGUGCCACGUUUGGAAAUUUGAUAGAAGUGAGGUCUGGCUGGAGAACUCAAGACCUACCUAUAUUCACGCGCAUGUUGGAUAAAACAUCUAAUUGGAGUUAUCACAAUGGAUUAAAAAGUUUGGUGACGACACUUAUACAAAUGAAUAUGGUGGGUUAUACAAUGUUGCUCCCGGAUAUGAUCGGUGGUAAUGGAUAUGGCGUGCAACCAGACGCAGAACUUUUUGUAAGAUGGACCCAAGCCAACACUUUUAUGCCAACUAUGCAAUUUAGCUUCCUUCCGUGGGACUUUAACGAAACAAAGUUUGAUGUGCCAGCUAUCGUCAAGAAUUGUGUAAAACUCCACAAAGAGUAUUCACAUGUAAUAAUUGAUGCGAUGAAGAAAAGCGUACACUAUGGCUCCCCGGUCAAUCCGCCAAUUUGGUGGAUAGAUCCAACAGACCAAAAAGCUUUGAAAUGUGAUGAUGAAUUUUUAGUCGGUGAAAAAAUUUUAGUAGCGCCUGUACUAACAAAAGGGGCAACAGAAAGAGAUGUAUAUUUACCAAAAGGAAAGUGGAAAGAUGGUAACGAUGGAACUGAUUACCAAGGACCAGUAACGCUACAAUAUACCGCAGAUAUUACCACGCUACCAUUUUUUAUUUUGCAACAAUGA